GUUUAAUACUUCAGUGUAAGGACUUGGUCUUCCUACCAUAGCAUCACUAAACUAUCGUACACAUUUAUUUGUUGUCAAAAGAAAUAACCUUAGAAAAUGGCUAGAGGAAAUCAACGUGAAUUAGCUCGUGCGAAGAACUUAAAGAAGCAACAAGAAGCUCAAAAGGGUCAAAAACAGGGUGAUAAGGCCAAGAGAAUGGAAAGUGAUGCUGAUAAAAUGAGAGCCAAACAAGCAGCAGCUAAUGCUAAAAAAGAAGCAGAACUAUUAGAAAAGAUUAAAGCAGGAAAGAAAUAGAUUUCGUAAUUGCUAAUCUUUUUGUAUGUAAUUAUUGUGAUUAUUCACCACUUAGUAAUGAAACGAAUGUAUUAUUUUCUUUAAAAGUAUUUACCUGUAGCACGCACACUAUGCACCAUUGCCCCGACCCCCACCCCUCGUAUAAAAAAUGUAAAAUUAGGAGAACUCCCGGAUAUUUCUUCUUUACUCCA